AAUUUUCUAUUUUUUAAAAUGACUGAAAUUUUUUCACUAAUAAAAAUUGGUUUCAACUUUUAUUAUUACCAGCUAUGGCCACCAUUACAAUUUCCGAAUCCAUAAGAGGUAAACCUGUUGCAUCAUUGAACGGGUACUCCUUCGUCUUCCACAAGUUUGGCGAUGAAAAGCGCAUUUGGGUAUGUGACCGCUAUCGUCAUGCCAAAUGUCCCGCCAGGAUGCACACCUCGAUCGGCUUGGAGAAUGUGACCAUCAUAUCCGAGUUGGGAAGUCAUAAUCAUCCCGAAAAUCCCAUCAAUGUCGAGCUUCGUCAAGUUCGCACAAAGAUACGUCAGGACGCCAAAUCCACCAACGACCAACCAGCCUCCAUAAUAUCCCGAAACGUGGGGCAUGUCUCAGCCGCAGCGCAAGGAGUCCUCCCUCUCAAACAAAAUCUGAAAAGAACAAUCAGGGAUGUACGUGCUUCUGGAGUAGGAUCUCUUGUACAACCUCAUAGGCGAGAGGAUAUUGUUCUUCCAGCCUCAUUUCAAAAAUCAAAAGGAGGUGCAGACUUCCUUUUGUUUGAUUCUGGUCCUGAAGCAUCCAGGAUUCUUGUAUUUGCGACCCGUGAAAACCUGGACUUCCUCGCAUCCUGUCCCGUGUGGUUGGCGGAUGGUACCUUCAAGGUGGCGCCUUCCCUCUUCGAUCAACUGUUUGUGCUGCACGGAAUUCGUGGAGGGGUGACAUGCCCUCUUGUAUAUGCUCUCCUCCCAAACAGAAAAACCGAGACGUACAGUCGCGUUCUCAGCGCUCUUUUGGAUUCCCAGGCUGGAUUGGCACCUACGACCAUAAUGACCGACUUCGAGCGGGCUGAACUCAGUGCCUUUAAUGAAGCUUUUCCACGUGCCGAACAGAAGGGGUGUUUUUUUCACUUCUCACAGUGCUUUUAUAGGCAUAUCCAGAAGUUCCCAGAAAUUUUGAAUCGUUUUACUACCGACUCCAAUUUUUCCCUCAAUAUCUGGAAUCUUGUAGCUUUGGCCUUUGUCCCACCAGACGACGUAUUAUCUACAUACGAAUUGUUAAUUCGCGAGGAAUUCUUUGUCGACAACGCGGUCUUACUUGUGGAUUUCAUCUGGUACUUUGAACGGACUUGGUUGGGGCCUUGGAAUCCUCUUAGAACAGCCCGAGUUGCUCCUUUGUAUGCCAUCCCCCUGUGGAACUGCUUCCAUAGUGUGUUGGAGGAUUUACCCAAAACGAACAAUGCGUGUGAGGGAUUUAACUCUGGAUUUUCUUCUUUGCUCGGCGCUUCCCACCCAACUAUUUAUAAACUUAUCGACGGACUAAAAGAACAACAGGUUUUGACAGAGUUAACCAUACAUCAACGGGUAGCUGGUACUGUCCCCACUCCACGAAAAAAGUUUGCAAUAGCUUCAACAAAACUCAGAAAAGUUGUUGAACAGUACGGGGUUGGUGAUUUUUGUCAUAUAGACUACCUUCGCCAAAUUUCUUAUCGUGUCCGAUUCCAUUAAAAUUGAUAUAUGUUUGCUAUUUUUUUAAAUUGAUGUUUUGCUAUUUUUUACUGAUUGAUUUUUUAUUCAAAGAUGUUUUGCGAUUUUUUAUUGAUUGAUUUCUUAUUCAAAGAUGUUUUUAUUGAUUGAUGUUAUACGAUUUUUUAUUCAAAGAUUUUUAUAUUGCCUGAUGUUUUGAGAACGUUUUAAUACCUUGAUUUUAUAUUUCUCCCUGUAUGUAAAUAAUGACACUAAUAAAUACACUAUGACCCAAAACGGGGAGAAUGGACCUUUGUAUAUGAUGUACAUAUAUUUUCCAUCUUGUGUAGUGGCAUUAUGCGUUUUGUGAGGUGGGCUGCAAAUAAUAAGGGCUGCAAAUAAUCGCGGGCUGGAGUUAAUAGGCUGCAAAUUGGUGGGCUGCAGAUAAUCAAGGGGGCACAAAAUGGGCUGCAAAUCCAUCGGGCUGCACUUGAGGGGCGGCAGAUUUCCGCAAAUCCUUAAAAACUUCAUUGUAAGCGAUAAUCCCUGCCAUUGUGUUGAAAUGGUUGUACUUCAAAAUUAAAAAUCGUAUGUUUUGAAUUAAGCAAAACACCGAAUUGUUAUUCCCUUCAAAUUAUAUGCCAAUUGUUUUUAAAUGUCAAUCAGUUGGUAGACAGCCGAUGGACUUUGCAUACAAUGCAACUCCUGACAAUUUUAUGGUGCACACUCAAAAUUUAUUUCGUUAGAUCAGUUGGAUAGUGCUUCCAUUCAUAAAAUGAAACAAUAUUCAUUAUUGAACUUAAAUGAUUUAAUCGUUUCGUCUUUUUCGUGCAUAAAUAAUCAAAUCUCAACUAUUAUCGUCUUGAAAAAGGAUUACAACUAUUUUCUCAAGAAUCAAAAAUAAUUAUUAUCUGUUAAUAAUCGUAUGUUGUCUAUUUUGAGAUUUAUAAAAAAAAUCUCUGCUAGUUCGCGUCCGGCUGGAGGAACAUUUCUUUGUACUGCGAUGCUCAUCAUUUGAAGCAAAAAUGAUGUUGCUCUUUUCUCUCUGUGAGAACCGUUAUCCUUGAUAUGAUUCACUUGAUAAGUGACAGGUCUUAUCGGUCCCACCCUUGAAAAAAGGUAUCUUUGCAUCCGAGUUCCUAAACUCUUAUUACCAAGGGACACUCAUCAAGGAGUAAGGAAACCUUUGGCCCACUUUUCUACUGACUCGUAAUUUAUUUUUUAUUUUCAGAUACCCUGUUAUUUAGAAUUGUGCGACAUUUUAUAUUUUACAAUAAAAUUACUAACAAUGAUGUCACUGUCACGACGGCAUCGAUACAGCUUUCUCAACGUCCUCAUGUUGACAAGUGUAGUUUCAACUCUGUUCUUAUUUUACUACGUGCAUCCGUUUUCUUCAACAAAGUCUGAGAGUCAAGAAAAUACUCGUACAAACCUUCGGCAAGGAGUAGUAAAUCUUGAAAAGGAUUCCGAACCAAAAGAGCUAGAUUCAUCAAAUUAUCAACAACAUCAAUUAACUGAUCCUGUCUUAUUCAUUGAUUCAAAUGGAAUUGCAAAUCUGGAUUCUGUAGAAAAAUCUGGUGCUAAAACCUGGGACGACCAGUCUCAAUCGCCGUCAACAAUCACGCCGAAGCACACCUUGUCACCAGCAGCUGUGGGGGGUGAAGACCUGGUGGAUGAGAGGACCCUUUACACGUUGGAUCAAACUGAUCCUAGACUCAUUAGCUACAUCAAGAAACAUCACUUAAUACCACCGUCGAAACUUGCCUACUCCAACAUGACUCACAAUGGAUAUCACUCCAACUCCUACUCAGACUAUGUGCGGCGUCUCUUCUCAAACAAGGGGUCGAACUUUAAGGGUGUCUUCAUUGAGGCAGGAGCCUAUGACGGUGAAGUCGCUUCAAACUCCCUGUUCCUCGAAGAACUUGGUUGGUCAGGACUGCUUGUCGAAUGCAACCCUUUACUGCUACCAAAGCUCAUGAAAAAAAAUCGCAAGGCAUGGAUUGCGCCUGUCUGCUUAUCAACCACGAACACGUCAAAGCUGAUGAACUUUAGCACCCUUUCUGAGUGGCCUGCAAGUGCAAAACUUGGUCGCCCCUUAAACGAAACCGAAAUGAAAAAACAUGGGAUUGACUGGGUUCAAAACAAGACUUGGAUCAACUACCAAAUUCCAUGCUUUCCUUUGUACUCAAUCAUUAAGGCAACUUCGCUCACAGAAGUAGAUUUUCUUUCACUCGAUGUUGAAGGAGCUGAAAUUGACAUAUUAAAAAGCUUCCCGUAUGACAAGUUCAAAAUCAAAACGAUGAUUGUCGAAGUGCACACUUACAGUGAGAAAGAAAAGGAUGAUCUCCGGCAGUUUGUUGAGAAAAAUGGGUAUGUAGUGAAGAGAAAGGUGGAAAACGAUGACAUAUAUGUCUUAAAGAGUGAAGGAAAUUUGGGAUAAUCAACGCAUGUCUUUGUAUUUGUAAAUGACUGAAUGUGAUUUAUUUAUUAAUUAUUGUCA